GCUCGGUUUGUCUUCUUCCCUAUCUCCUGUUCGCUUUAGUUCUAGCUAUGUUCAAGGGAGCAGCGAAAGAGGCCCAAAGGGCUGCAAUGUUAAUGAAACAACGUGAAAAGGAGCGUCAAGAUAUAGAAUUUCAGAAGAAACGUCUUGAAACUGAAUUAAGAGUCGGCGAAAUCACUGAUAAGUUUGCAGUCCACUAUGAUGCAAUUGAACAUCAACUCAAAACGGAGACGCGACUAUUUAAGAUUGGAUUGGUAACUCUUGAUGAAAUGAAAGCUAGACAACAAGCUUUUUUGACUAUGAGAGAGAAAGAAAUAGCAGCUGGAAAACUACAUGAUUCUAAGUUAAAAGAAGGCAGUGGUGAUCGUAAGGCCAAAUCUCAAGGACCCGCUCAAUUUUUUGAGGGUCCUGUAUCCUUUGCAUUAGAUGAUGAAAGUAUGUCUGAAAAUGAAGGUUGUGAGUCACCUAAACUUACACCUGAUUCCAGCAAAAGCAAAGCCAAAUUGAUUUCUUCACAGCCUAGCUCGGGAUCAGAUGAUCAAGAGAAUUAUGAUCAGAUUGCUAAAAGGAGACGUCUUGGCAAAAAUCCUCUUGUUGACACAAGUUUUCUCCCCGACAUUGAUCGUGAUGAGGAAGAGCGACAACUAAGAGAACAACUGAGAGAAGAGUGGGUUGCUAAACAGGCUUCAAUUAAAGAAGAAGAAAUAAGUAUAACAUACAGCUACUGGGAUGGAUCUGGCCACAGAAAGGUAGUUAAAAUGAAAAAAGGCCAUUCUAUUCAUCUGUUUUUGCAUCGUUGCUUGGAGCAAUUGCGCAAGGAUUUUAACGAAUUAAAAUCUGCUACUGCUGAUCAGCUC